GACAAUCAACUACUCCAAACACGUAACCUUUCACUGUUUGUAUAUAUAGUGAGAUCGGUCUCGAGAGACAAAGUGGGAAGACGAAAAUGUUAAGGCUUUUGGGGAGAAGGGCAGCUUCAGCUUAUGCAGAGCUAACUACUAUUCAUCAAUGGCGGAUCCGACCCGGAAACGAUCCAAAGCCCGAUCCUUUACGAACUCUACAAAAGGGUUUCUGCGUCGGCGUUCUCCCGGACGGCGUCGAGAGAAAUUCGGAAGCUUUCUCCAGCAACUCGGUCGCCAUGGAAGGGAUCUUAUCGGACCUUCGCUCCCACAUCAAAAAGGUGUUGGUUGGUGGUGGGGAGGAGGCUGUGAAGCGGAACACAAGUAGAAACAAGCUUCUGCCUAGAGAAAGAAUCGAUCGCCUCCUUGACCCUGGCUCUUCCUUCUUGGAGCUCUCUCAGCUUGCAGGACAUGAACUGUACGAGGAGCCUUUACCAUCAGGCGGCAUAAUCACAGGCAUAGGACCAGUCCACGGCCAUCUCUGUAUGUUCAUGGCUAACGACCCCACAGUGAAAGGAGGGACUUAUUAUCCCAUUACUAUCAAGAAACAUCUCAGGGCACAAGAGAUUGCUGCUCGCUGCAGACUCCCUUGCAUAUACCUCGUUGACAGCGGCGGUGCUUACCUUCCGAAACAGUCAGAGGUUUUCCCUGACAAGGAGAAUUUCGGCAGGGUUUUCUACAACGAGUCUGUGAUGUCGUCGGAAGGGAUUCCGCAGAUCGCCAUUGUUUUGGGGUCUUGCACUGCCGGUGGUGCUUAUAUCCCUGCCAUGGCUGAUGAAAGUGUGAUGGUGAAAGGGAAUGGUACCAUCUUUUUGGCAGGACCUCCUCUUGUGAAGGCUGCCACAGGAGAGGAAGUCUCAGCUGAGGAUCUAGGAGGUGCUUCUGUUCAUUGUAAUGUGUCUGGUGUGUCGGAUUAUUUUGCUCAAGACGAGCUACAUGGACUCGCUAUUGGAAGAAACAUUGUCAAGAAUCUGCACAUGGCUGCAAAACGAGAGACGAAAGGAACAUUUGGUAGUGAAAAACUUGAAUACAAAGAACCGCUUUAUGACAUAAACGAGCUUAGGUCCAUUGCUCCUGUAGACCACAAGCAGCAGUUUGAUGUCCGGUCUAUCAUUGCUCGGAUUGUUGAUGGGAGUGAAUUUGACGAGUUCAAGAAACAAUACGGCACCACGCUUGUGACUGGUUUUGCUAGAAUAUAUGGUCAGACGGUAGGAAUCAUUGGAAACAAUGGCAUACUGUUCAACGAAUCUGCAUUAAAAGGAGCACACUUCAUUGAAUUGUGUUCUCAACGUAAAAUUCCUCUCGUUUUCCUCCAGAACAUCACAGGCUUUAUGGUUGGUUCAAGAUCUGAGGCCAAUGGCAUUGCAAAAUCUGGAGCAAAAAUGGUGAUGGCAGUAUCUUGUGCUAAGGUACCAAAGAUAACAAUUAUAACGGGUGCAAGCUUUGGUGCUGGAAACUAUGCCAUGUGUGGCCGUUCAUACAGUCCAGAUUUUCUGUUCAUGUGGCCAAACGCCAGAAUUGGCGUCAUGGGAGGCGCUCAGGCUGCAGGUGUUUUGAGUCAGAUUGAAAGGGCUACCAAGAAGAGACAAGGAAUAAAGUGGACAGAGGAAGAGGAAGAAGAGUUCAAGAAGAAAACGGUGGAUGCUUAUGAGAGAGAGGCAAGUCCUUACUUCUCCACAGCGAGGCUUUGGGAUGAUGGAGUGAUUGAUCCAUCUGAUACUAGAAAGGUUUUGGGACUUUGUCUCUCUGCUGCUUCUAACCGUCCUCUAGAAGACACUCGAUUUGGUGUCUUUAGAAUGUAAAACGAAUAAUAUGGUUAAAUAAA